AUGGUGUCCUCACUGUUGUUCCCCUCCCCUCUCCUCUCAGGCCGGCAGCUCACCAUCUUCAACACCCAGGCUGCCAUCUCUAUAGGCGGUAACGACCGUAAACGCCCCUACCAGGGCCAGCUGUCCGGCCUCUACUACAACGGACUAAAGGUAUGAUUCAUUGAUUGAUUUAAUAAAUAAAAGUAUAAAGAAAUCUACUCCAGCUGGAGAUGCCAUAAUGGACUGGCAGCCAUUUUGAGUGUGAUAUGAUUAAAGCUGGAAGUAAAAGCUCAUUCUAAUUCUAUAGUUUAUCCUAUCCUAUUCUAAGGUCCUCAACAUGGCCGCCGAAGGCCACGCCAAACAUCAAGGUGAACGGGAGCGUCCGAUUGGUGGGUGACAUGCCCACCAGUAGGGGCGCUGCCCGCACCACCACCUCUGUGCCACCUGAGAUGUCCACCACCUUCAUAGAGACCACUACGACUCUGUCUACGACCACGACGAGGAAGCAGCGCUCCCCACCCACUAUUCAGGUAGGUGUAGGGGAAGAUGGGGGGGGUGAAAGGGAAGAGGGAGGGAUGGAAUGGAAAGGUAAUUGAUCAGGGAGGGAGGAAAUGGACAUAUGUGUGAAAGAUGAGCGGAGGGAAAUGUGUGAUGUUACACCAUGUUACCUGUUGGACAUACAGUGCAUUCGGAAAGUAUUCAGACUUUUUCCACAUUUUGUUACGUUACAGCCUUAUUCUAAAAUGGAUACAAUUAUUUUUUUCCCUCCUCAAUCUACACACAAUACCCCAUAAUAACAAUGCGAAAACAGGUUUUUUGAAAUGUUUGCUCAUUUAUUACAAAUAUAAAAAAAUAUAAAAAAUGUACGCACUCACUAACUGUAAGUCGCUCUGGAUAAGAGUGUCUGCUAAAAUGACUAAAAUGUAAAAUAAAAUAGAAGUACCUUAUUUACAUAAGUAUUCAGAACCUUUUUUUUAUGAGACUCGAAAUUGAUCUCAAGUGCAUCCUGUUUCCAUUGAUCAUCCUUGAGAUGUUUCUACAACUUGAUUUGAGUCCACCUUUGGUAAGGUCAAUUGAUUGGACAUGAUUUGGAAAGGCACACACCUGUCUAUAUAGGGUCCGACAGUUGACAAUGCAUGUCAGAGCAAAAAUCAAGCCAUGAGGUUGAAGGAAUUAUCCAAGGAGCUCCGAGACAGGAUUGUGUCGAGGCACAGAUCUGGGGAAGGGUACCAAAACAUUUCUGCAGCAUUGAAGGUCCCCAAGAUCACAGUGGCCUCCAUCAUUCUUAAAUGGAAGAAGUUUGGAACUACCAAGACUCUUCCUAGAGCUGGCCACCCGGCCGAACUGAGCAAUCGGGGGAGAAGGGCCUUGGUCAGGGAGGUGACCAAUAACCCGAUGGUCACUCUGACAGAGCAUCAAAGUUCCUCUGUGGAGAUGGGAGAACCUUCCAGAAGGACAACCAUCUCUGCAGCACUCCACCAAUCAGGAUUUAUGGUAGUGUGGCCAAACUAAAGCCACUCCUCAGUAAAAGGCACAUGACGCUUGGAGUUUGCCAAAAAGCACCUAAAGGACUCCCAGACCAUGAGAAACAAGAUUCUCUGGUCUGAUGAAACCAAGAUUUAACUCUUUGGUCUGAAUGCCAAUUGACACGUCUGGAGGAAAGCUGGCACCAACCCUACGGUGAAGCAUGGUGGUGGCAGCAUCAUGCUCUGGGGAUGUUUUUCAGCGGCAGGGACUGGGAGACUAGUCAGGAUUGAGGCAAAGAUGAACGGAGCAAAGUACAUAGAGAUCCUUGAUGAAAACCUGCUCCAGAGCGCUCAUGACCUCAGACUAGGGUGAAGGUUCACCUUCCAACAGGACAACGACCUUAACACACAUCCAAGACAACGCAGGAGUGGCUUCAGGACAAGUCUCUGAAUGUCCUUGAGUGGUCCAGCCAGAGCCCGGACUUGAACCCAAUCGAACAUCUCUGGUGAGACCUGAAAAUAGCUGUGCAGCAACGCUCCCCAUCCAGCCUGACCGAGCUUGAGAGGAUCUGCAGAGAAGAAUAGGAGAAACUCCCCAAAUACAGGUGUGCCAAGCUUGUAGCGUCAUACCCAAAAAGACUGAGGCUGUAAUCACUGCCAAAGGUGCUUCAACAAAGUACUGAGUAAAGGGUCUGAAUACCUAUGUAAAUGUGAUAUUUAAGUUUUGUAUUUUUAUUCAAAUUGCAGCCCCCCCCCCAAAAAAAGUAUUUGCUUUGUCAUUAUGGGGUACUAUGUGUAGAUUGAUGAGGGGGGGUGGGGGGGAACAAUUUAAUCCUUUUUAGAAUAAGGCUGUAAUGUAACAGAAUGUUGAAAAUGUCAAGGGGUCUGAAUACUUUCCGAAUACACUGUACUAAGAGGAUUAGUAGUAUUAUAUCAAGUAGACAGUCAAGUAGGUAUUGGCCUCUUGAAUAAGGGUUUUAGUUCUGUUUCAAUUACUAUUGUCCACAUGACUACUGCUGCCCACCAUGCGUCUCAUGGUUUAAGUGCUUCCUUUACUUGCCAGGUUUGGGGAUUUGAACUCUUCUCCUUGCUUGGUUUAUCAGGGAUUGGAUAUAUGUUUCACAGUGGCAGAGGAUUGGAUAUAUGUUUCACAGUGGCAGAGGAUUGGAUAUAUUUUUCACAGUGGCAGAUUAUUGGAUAUAUUUUUCACAGUGGCAGAUUGUUGGAUAUAUGUUUCACAGUGGCAGAGGAUUGGUUAUAUUUUUCACAGUGGCAGAUUAUUGGAUAUAUGUUUCACAGUGGUCAGAUGACGCAGAUGCUAAGCUACAGGACUGUUUUGCUAGCACAGACUGGAAUAUGUUCCGGUAUUCUUCCGAUGGCAUUAAGGAGUACACCACAUCAGUCACUGGCUUCAUCAGUAAGUGCAUCGAUGACGUCGUCCCCACAGUGACCGUACGUACAUACCCCAACCAGAAGCCAUGGAUUACAGGCAGCAUCCGCUUGCCAAGAAAGUAAUCACGCUGAGCGUUGUGUUGACGCUUGUAGAACAGAUUGAAUUGGCAGUGUUCAUAUUAAAACCAUCCCAACAGCCCCGGAGCAACAGGGCAAAGAAACAGACACCAGCACUGUUAUGUGCCUCACACCUUCAAACAUAUUGUCCAGCGCCUCAAUAAUGAUGACCACUAGUGUCAUCACUGCCUGUUGCAGGGAGCACAUGCAUAGAGAUAGAGGGAGGCAAAGGGAAUAGUGUGGUCUGGAUGAAGGGAAUAGUGUGGUCUGGAUGAAGGGAAUAGUGUGGUCUGGAUGAAGGGAAUAGUGUGGUCUGUAUGAAGGGAAUAGUGUGGUCUGGAUGAAGGGAAUAGUGGGGUCGAGUAGUGUGGUCUGGAUGAAGGGAAUAGUGUGGUCUGGAUGAAGGGAAUAGUGUGGUCUGGAUGAAGGGAAUAGUGUGGUCUGGAUGAAGGGAAUAGUGUGGUCUGGAUGAAGGGAAUAGUGUGGUCUGGAUGAAGGGAAUAGUGUGGUCACACACACACACACACAGUCUUGUACAGCUAACCUUGUGGGGACACACAAUUCAGUCCCAUUCAAAAUCCUAUUUUCCUAACCCUAACCUUAACCCAAAUACCUAACCUUAACCCUAAACCUUAACCUAAACCUAACCCUAGCUCCCAACCCUAACCCUAAAACUAACCCAAGCUCCUAACCCUAACCCUUAACAUAAAUCUAACCCUAACACUAAUUAUAACCUUAACCCUAAACCCUCUAGAAAUAGCGUUUGACCUCGUGGAGACUAACAAAAUGUCCCCAGUUUGUAAAAUUGCUGUUCGUUUAGUAUUCUUGUGGAGACUUCUGUUCCCCACAAGAAUAGUUAAACACGUCCACACACACACACACACACACACACACACACACACACACACACACACACACACACACACACACACACACACACACACACACACACACACACACACACACACACACACACACACACACACACACACACCACACACACACACACACACACACACUUUAUGGCGGUGGCAUCCUGCUGAUUAAGAUCCAUUUGUCUCCCCCGCCUGUCUCCCCCGCCUGUCUCCCCCGCCUGUCUCCCCUGCCUGUCUCCCCUGCCUGUCUCCCCUGCCUGUCUCCCCUGCCUGUCUCUCAUGCCUGUCUCCCCUGCCUGUCUCCCCUGCCUGUCUCCCCUGCCUGUCUCCCCUGCCUGUCUCCCCUGCCUGUCUAACAUGCCCGUCUCCCCUGCCUGUCUCCCCUGCCUGUCUCUCAUGCCUGUCUCCCCUGCCUGGCUCACCUGCCUGUCUCCCCUGCCUGUCUUCACUGCCUGUCUCUCAUGCCUGUCUCCCCUGCCUGUCUCCCCUGCCUGUCUCUCAUGCCUGUCUCCCCUGCCUGUCUCCCCUGCCUGUCUCCCCUGCCUGUCUCUCCUGCCUGUCUCCCCUGCCUGUCUCCCCUGCCUGUCUCCCCUGCCUGUCUCCCCUGCCUGUCUCUCAUGCCCGUCUCCCCUGCCUGUCUCCCCUGCCUGUCUCUAAUGCCUGUCUCCCUUGCCUGUCUCUCGUGCCUGUCUCCCGUGCCUGUCUCCCCUGCCUGUUUCCCCUGCCUGUCUUCCCUGCCUGUCUCUCAUGCCUGUCUCCCCUGCCUGUCUCCCCUGCCUGUCUCCCCUGCCUGUCUCCCCUGCAUGUCUCCCCUGCCUGUCUCCCCUGCCUGUCUCCCCUGCCUGCCUGCUAUAUCAACAAGGUCACCGUGGAAAAUAGGAUACCCAAUAUUAUUACAGAGAAAAAAAGUGUUUUAUAUCACAGACUAUCACAAGGCUAUCCGUAUCACAAUAACAGGUAAUAAAGGACGUCUUUAUGAGACCAUAUCUUUUCAUAGAUGACUCUGAUACCAAGCAUACAAAUGAACAAAUGUGCCUAGCAUACCAGGUUUGCAAGUCAAGUUGAUUUUAAUGCUUAUUGGCCAGACUGAUUUCCAUUGGCAUGGGGUAACUUACAGUAGUCUCUCUCUAACUAUCUCAGUUUACCCCUAACGUCUGCAGGAGCUCCAAAUAAGUUGUAUUCUUGACUAUUUGAAGUUACUUGUCUUCAAGUCCAAGGGCUGUAGCCAUUUUGAUUCACAGUGGUGUGUCACAGUGUUCUGAAUUCAUUUUCCGGGGCUGUGGUUUACAGUUCCCUGGUAGACAGUCAACUAUGUGGCGUGAGAGCUAAGAGACAAGAGGUGAGGAGUGAACCUCUAAAGGUUGGCAGUUGGCACAUUGUGAUGCUGCAGAGGCUUGCUAGGUCCCUGGCUGUGAGUGUAUGUGAGAUUAAGAGAGAGAGAGAGAGAGAGAGAGAGAGAGAGAGAGAGAGAGAGAGAGAGAGAGAGAGAGACAGAAAGAAAGACAGACAGAAAGAGAAAGAGAAAGAGAAUAGAAAUUAAAAGGGAGAGACUGAAUUGGGGCUAUUUUGGUCAGUCUUUCUGACACUGUCUGGCACUACAUGCCCUCCAGGUCCCACGAGGUGUUGGAUCACAUUUCAUCUGUGGAUCGAGAGAGAGAGAGAGAGAGCGAGAGAGAGAGAGAGAGAGAGAGAGAGAGAGAGAGAGAGAGAGAGAGAGAGAUAGAGAGAGAGCUAGAUAGAAAUCUAUCUCUCUCUCUAUGCUCUCUCUAUAUAGGAGUCCUGUCGAUUCCGAGUCAUCGGGUCUUUCGUGUCGGGGAAGCAGGUAGAGAGCCAAUCACACGCUUAA